UAACAUUCGCGCUGCACACCGCCUUCCCACCACCCGUUCCGUCCUCACCCUUCACCGUAACCUUCAAUAUACUGAUCAGUUCUCGGCUCUUAGUAACCUGCUUCUUCUUCCCCGAUAUAUUCCUCAGUAUCUGCAGCAUUACUUUCGUCCCCGACGACUUGCCAGCGUUCGACGAUAGUGUUUACAAAUGCCUGUUCUGCCUCGCGAACCUCAUCGGAGGCUACGAUCUGCUGAAGUUGCCCAGCAAUGGUAGCGAGCACGUCUUGGGUGAAGACUUGAGGGAAUAUAUCAACUGUUUCCCAGAGGAGGUUCUCAUCGUGCAUGAAGUUGUUCUGCGUGUUGAGCAGAACCGUGUAGGAAUCUUGGUAAGAACCGAGCUGCUCCAGAACAGGCGUAAGGUGAGCAGCAAUGGCCUGCACCUCCUCCUCGCCUAGCUCACCAUCUGCGAUUGCGGCAUGGAGAAAGAUGAGCGAUAGGCGUACCUCGAGUGGAAUAGCGCCCAUCCAUGCCACAAGGUUAUCAUAUUGCUCCUCAUCCAUGUCUGCGAGGAUUCCUGAGACGGACUGAAGGAUCGUGUCGUCAUCAUCAGCCCAAGUCUCCU